UACAGCAUCUUAGCACAUCGGCAUCUCAGCUGAGCUGCUGGCAAUAGCGAUGGCCAAGAUAGUCAACACAGGGCAGCUGGAAGGGGAUGAAGACCUGGAGGCCAAAGCUCAUGCCAUUGACUGUGAAAGGUUCUAUUGGAGUGAUGCUUCGGAUGUCAGCUCGUGGGAUGGCGAUGACGAGAAGGAUGGGUUGGGCCAAUUCCAAGACCUUGGAAAGGAUAACAGCGAUCAGGCUGUGCUGGACGGGAAAGAUGCUGUGGGAGAUGUCACACUCUCCCCACUAACGGGCAGCGGACCUGGGACCGGCCAGGAGGUUACGGAUCGAAUACGACUUGAAGAGGCCACCCGAGCCCAUGCUGCCCAAGUGGCAGCUUUUGAGAGUGCCAAGGCAGCAUUGGAAUCAGAAAAGCUUUCAGUGCAGAGGGAAAUGGCGAACAUAAAGAAGACAGAAAUGGAGCUGAGAAAGGAAAAAGAGACAGUCAGGAAGUUGCAGGAGGACCUUGUUCUGUCUAAGGCACAUGCUGAGGAGGAAAGAAAUCGACUGUCCAUUGCGGCAAAAGAACUGGAGGGGAAGGAAAGAAAGGUGAGGGAUGAAGCACGGGUAACAAAAAGAGAGGCUGAGGAGUGGGUGAUGGAGAUGAAUUUGCUGAGGGAUGAGAUGGAUGGCAGAGAGAAGAAGAUGAGGGAGGAACUAAAUGGGAGAGAGAUAAAGAUGAGGGAAGAGAUGGGAAGGCGGGAGGAAGAGGCUGAAGCAAGAGUCAGGGAGUCAGAAAAGAUGAUGAAGAGGGCGAAGGAGGUGAUUGAGACCGCACAUCAGAAGCAAAAGGUGGCAGAGCAGAUGAUGUUCGAGGUUGAGGAGAGGGAAAGGGAGAUUGAGCGAGAAAAAGAAGACAUGGAACAGGGCACAAGAGAGCUAGAGGAACGAGAAGGGAAGAUGGUGUUAGAGGAAGAGAAGUUGAGGGCAAGAGAGGAGGAGAUGGCAGCACGCGAUUCGGAAGUGCGAGAACGAGAGAGGAGGAUGCAAGAGCAGCAUGAUAAAGUCCAGAAGGAGGUGGUAUCAAUGAGGGAGGGGGAGGAAGAACGAAGGAGGAUUCUUGAGCGCAGACUUAGUGCACUGGAGGCUGCAACACGCAGCCUGGAGGGCAGAGAAGCUGAGGCUUCCAAGCGGGAAAGGGAAGUAGAAAAGAAGUUGGAGAAGAUUGCAGACGAGAAGAAGAGACUUGAAGAGAGAAUCGCCGAAGUUGAAAAGCGAGAAACUGCUUUAUCUGAAGAGAGAGAACGACUUCGACAGGAAAUGCUUGAGAUAGAUGCCUCUAACAGGAGAAGGCAAGAGCUUUUGGAGAUGCAGAAGGCAGAAAUUAUGCGGAGAGAUAAGGAGAUUACUUCUAAGAAGUCUGACAUGGCAGUGAAGCUGGCAGAUACGAGCACAAGGCUGGAGGCAGAACUAAGUGAGGUGAAAGCCCGUCAAGCGCAACUCCAAAUCAUGGAGAUUACAAUGAAGGAGCAAAUGGCAAAUCUGGAGAAACGAAUGGAGAAGGUAGCCAAGGAGGAAGCUGCGGUGAAGGAAAGAGAGAGGCAUAUUUUCGAGCGUGAGAAGCAGCAGGCAGAAAGAGCGGCAAAGGAGAGACGGGAGCUGAAAAGGGAACAACAAAUGCUGGAUCUGGAACCUUCAAGAUGGGAUGUCUAACAAGGUUCCACCUCGAUCUGAUGAUAUGACGAUAGCCACUCUUCAGGUUGAUCGUGGAAAAAAUUACGCGA